UUGAACGCACGCGCACGCGUUUCGGACGACCGGAAAUAAAGAAUCAGCAAAAGUGUAGGGGGAUGAGAGUCGCUGUUUUCUCCUUUCUCUGUUGCAGAGUUUGCCAAAUCAUGUCGCAUCUUCUCAUCAUACUUGGAGUGAUGUUAAGCAUUGGGGUGAAUGUCAUCCAAACAAAGAAUGCUGUUAAUGAGAAGGAGGAAGCUAAUAAGAUUGAGGAUAUCCUGCCCCACUAUGCUGAUGACCGCCAUCUUGAUUCUUUUGAUCAAACAUUGUUCCUUGGUGGACAGGCCAAAGCCAAGAUAUUUAGAAGUCUAUCAGAUGAAAAGAGAAAGGAAGUAUUCUCAGACGUUUUUAAAUUGGUGGACAAGAAUGGAGAUGAACAUAUCAGUAAAGAUGAGUUGACUGAAUGGCUUUACCAUGCCUUGCUCACAGUAGAUAAAGAAGAUGCGAUCAAUUCCAUGGAUCCAAUCGAUGAUAACAAAGAUAAGAUGGUUUCAUGGUUUGAGUAUCAUGAUUAUGUCUUUGGCUAUGCAAUGGGUGACGAUGUGGAGGAAAACAGGGAAGCCUAUACAAAGCAUAUCAAGCGUUCCAAGAGAGCGUUUGAUCUAGCAGACAGUGAUGGCGAUGGAUUCUUAACACCCAAUGAGUUCCAUAUGUUUCACAAUCCAAGAUUAUUCAAACAAAUGGAGAAAGUUGUCAUUAUGGAUUCACUGGAAGAUUUUGAUACAAACAAAGAUGGUGGCAUUGAAGUUACUGAGUUUAUUGGAGACUUUUUGCUGAAAGAAGAAGAGGAAGACCUACCGGAUUGGGUAUUGGAAGAGAGAAGGGUGUUUGAGACGGAGCAUGAUCUUGAUGGGAACGGGAAACUGGAAGGAAAUGAAAUAUUUGAAUUAGAAUCUCAGGAAAAAUCAUUUCAAGAGCAGGCUGAAAGAGAGGUUGAUCAUUUAAUAAUAAUGGCUGAUACCGAUAAAGAUGAUCUAAUCAGCUUAGAAGAAGCUCUUCAGAGUGAAGCUCUUUUCAUGGGAAAUGACCACCAUUUUCAUAAAAACCCAAACAUCGUCAUCCAACACAAUGAACUAUAACCUCAGAAAUAGAACAAAGUGCUUUAAUUUUUUAAUACCAAUAGCACAUAUCAUACCUUGUAUAUCAUGUGCCUUAUUGCUUAGAAAUGCAUUUUACCAAGGGGAAGGGAGGGGGGUAAUGUAAUGGGAAUGUUUGAUUAAAAAAAUAAUAUGCUGCCAGUUGCUGAAUUGCUGAAUCAUUUACAAAACAAGGGCAAGAAUACAAACAUGAUAAUCAGUCUUAUAAGAUGAUGCUUGCUAAAUUAAAAGAGCUGUUAACUUUGCACACAUAUUUAUCUAUGUCUGGUGACCUUUUCUUGCCCCAAAUGAGACAUCCUGAUUUUCCAUUUUAAAAUAAUGGGAAAGAACUUUCUAUAAUGAUAAAUGAUAAAUCCAUAAUUUAUUGUUUGAAAUAGAC